AUGGCCCGCCGAACCAUCUACCUCGACGCCCUCAACGACGCCGCCCCCGGAAGCGGCCCCGCCGGCGACUCCAGCGCCAUCCUCACCUUUUUCAAGGGCGUCGUGCGCGAGGCCCAGGCCUGGAUCUCGCGCGGCGGGCCCGGCGUCAAGGCGCCCACGAUUGAGAAGCACAUUUCUUGA